GAGCCAAUUGCCGCUCGGCGGAGUUGGCGAGUCUGAGGCCGCCCGGCUGGCCGUUCAAGAUGUCGGGGCUCCUCAGCGCCACCCUCAAGAUGCUCACCAGGGACUCCUACUGCGACUUGAGCGAAUACUUGGAGCAGUCCUACAAGGGGCGGAAGGAGCUGCAGGCGGAAGACCUGAAGAACUCCUCCACCCUCUACGUGGGCAACCUCUCCUUCUACACCACGGAGGAGCAGAUCCACGAGCUCUUCUCCAAGUGCGGAGACGUCAAGCGCAUCAUCAUGGGCCUGGACAAGAACAAGAAGACGCCCUGCGGGUUCUGCUUCGUGGAAUACUACACAAAAGCUGAAGCCGAGCACGCCAUGCGUUUCAUCAGCGGAACCCGGCUGGAUGACCGUGUUAUCCGGACAGACUGGGAUGUAGGAUUCAUAGAAGGGAGGCAGUAUGGCCGUGGCAGAUCAGGCGGGCAGGUAAGAGACGAGUACCGGAAGGAGUAUGAUGAAGGAAGAGGCGGCUUUGGCAAGUUUUUCCUGCAAGAGAUGCUGAAACAGUAGAGGGCAAUUUUAAUAAUUUGGAUGGAAGGCAGGGAGGAGAGCUAACAACAGCUCAUAUCUCCUUGGACAGCUGGAUAGAAGGGAGGGAGAAAGGGCUCUUUUUUUUGCAAGGUUAGUUCGAGACUCCUUUCUCUCCCCUGUCACUGUUUUUUAUGCUUAUCCUGGCCUGAGUUGGGAUAUGGUCCAAGUGGGGAAAAGGGUCCCUGCGGUGUGGAAGCCAUUUCUUGUUUGUUUUUCACUUUUUCUGUAUGCUGUCAUAGUGGUUGUAAUGUCCUGAGGUGUAUAAACUGUCCUUAAUGUUUAAGAGGAGGAAUAAGACUGCAAUAAAAAUGUAAUUGGUUUGAA